AUGGCGGCCAGGAGCUUCAGCGUCGACCUGGCAGCGGCCGUGUUCUUGUUCGUCGUGCUCUUUGCUUCACCUGCACAAUGUCGUCGAGGGCUACUUGAUCAGGUCGGAAGUCCAAUGAGGUACCCAAGCGAUAAUGCUACUACUACCGCGGUCGUCAACUCCACGGCACUAGAUGGGAGCAAGUUCACGGUGAUAUUUUGUGUCCUAAGGCUGUGUGGCAAACGAGACUGCUAUUGCUGCGAGACUGGAGAUUACUGCUACUACUCACGGAAACAGUGCCAGGCCAACUGCGACAGCUGCGACCCCAAGUGCCCGCCGCCGCGGUUGCCCCUGCAGUAA